AUGAAGAACAUCUGGAGUUGGAGUUGCACAUCUGGUCGCAGAGCUCGCCUGCCCCGCCCAUCCCCCCCCCGCGCCCCAGUUACUUCCUGUCCGGGAGCAGUAGUCGGUGUUGUUUUAACCCCCUCCGGGACCGCGCUAGGGCUCUUAGGAGCUGGGGCGGGCUCGGAGGAGGGAGUAAGUGAUGAAGGACUAAGGCCGGGUACCCGCAUCCCCAAUAAAGCCGCGUACGCCAAGCAGAGCGGUGGUUCUUCUGGGCGUGCGGCGAGCGAGGCGACGGGAGGGGUCCGGAGGGCGGGCUGCACGCCUUCCCCCACCCAGCUCCCGCCCAGGCCCCGGGCGCUCCCGCGUCCCCUCCCCCGCGCCCUCGGCGGGUCCUACCGAAACUCGGCGGGCGCAAAAGUGUCGAGACGCCCCCCGCGGGGGCCCCGGGCUGAAAGGGAGGCCCCGGAGGUCCGGGAAGAGGGGGAAAGGGGGAAAUUCGAGAAACAAGCCACUCGAGGAGAACCAGACAAACCGGGUCCGGGCGAGGCGGGCGCAGCCGCCAGGGCGGGGCCGGGUCUGGGGCCCCGGGAGUGGGGGGCGGGCUGCGGGCAGGAGGGGGCGCUCCGCCCCGGCGACUCGGGACUAGAGUGGGUAGAGCCCCGAAGCCCGUGCGCUCCGGCUCGGCCCGGCUUCUCACCGGAGCCCCAAAUUCUGGCGGGGCACUGUGGAGGGGGUGGAAGGCCCAGCGUUCAAGGGAAGGUUGGGAGCGUCGCGCUGGCGGGGGAAGUGUGGGUGCUGCCGUGCGCGGAAGGCGGGGAGCGGCCGGAGCUCCCUCGGGCCCGGCGGAGCGGCCCGGCCGGAGCGCCCCCCCGAGCUCGGACCAGAAUGAGCUGCCCAGUGGGCUCAGGCCCAGAGCCCAGAGCAACCAGCACAAUAGCGUCCAACAGCUGGAACGCCAGCAGCAGCCCCGGGGAAGCCCGGGAGGAUGGGCCCGAGGGCCUGGACAAGGGGCUGGACAACGAUGCAGAGGGCGUGUGGAGCCCAGAUAUCGAGCAGAGCUUCCAGGAGGCCCUGGCCAUCUACCCGCCCUGCGGCCGGCGCAAGAUCAUCCUGUCGGACGAGGGCAAGAUGUACGGUCGGAAUGAGUUGAUUGCCCGCUAUAUUAAAUUGAGGACAGGGAAGACUCGGACGAGAAAACAGGUGUCCAGCCACAUACAGGUUCUAGCUCGGAAGAAGGUGCGGGAGUACCAGGUUGGCAUCAAGGCCAUGAACCUGGACCAGGUCUCCAAGGAUAAAGCCCUCCAGAGCAUGGCAUCCAUGUCCUCCGCCCAGAUCGUCUCUGCCAGUGUCCUGCAGAACAAGUUCAGCCCACCCUCCCCUCUGCCCCAGGCUGUCUUCUCCUCUUCCUCACGGUUCUGGAGUAGUCCCCCUCUCCUGGGACAGCAGCCUGGACCCUCUCAGGACAUCAAGCCCUUUGCACAGCCAGCCUACCCCAUCCAGCCACCCCUGCCGCCGACGCUCAGCAGUUACGAGCCUCUGGCCCCGCUGCCCCCAGCUGCUGCCUCUGUGCCCGUGUGGCAGGACCGCACCAUCGCCUCCUCCCGGCUGCGGCUCCUCGAGUAUUCGGCCUUCAUGGAGGUGCAGCGAGACCCUGACACGUACAGCAAACACCUGUUUGUGCACAUCGGCCAGACGAACCCCGCCUUCUCCGACCCACCCCUGGAGGCGGUGGACGUGCGCCAGAUCUAUGACAAGUUUCCCGAGAAGAAAGGUGGGCUGAAGGAGCUCUAUGAGAAGGGCCCCCCUAAUGCCUUCUUCCUUGUCAAGUUCUGGGCCGACCUCAACAGCACUAUCCAGGAGGGCCCAGGAGCCUUCUAUGGAGUCAGUUCCCAGUACAGUUCAGCUGAUAGUAUGACCAUCAGCGUCUCCACCAAGGUGUGCUCCUUUGGCAAGCAGGUGGUGGAGAAGGUGGAGACUGAGUACGCCCGGCUGGAGAAUGGGCGCUUCGUGUACCGCAUUCACCGCUCGCCCAUGUGCGAGUACAUGAUCAACUUCAUCCACAAGCUGAAGCACCUGCCUGAGAAGUACAUGAUGAACAGUGUUCUGGAGAACUUCACCAUCCUGCAGGUGGUAACGAGCCGGGACUCCCAGGAGACCCUGCUUGUCAUUGCUUUCGUCUUUGAAGUCUCCACCAGCGAGCACGGGGCCCAGCACCACGUCUACAAGCUUGUCAAAGACUAG